UCGUUAGACCGAACGUGCCGCAUUGCAUUAUUGCUCUGUGCGAGGCUUCAAUUUGCAGCUAGGGUUUCGCUUAGAGCAGACAUGGGAGUCUUCACCUUUGUCCUCCGCAACUCCGGCGGCGAAUGGACCGCCAAGCAGCAUUCCGGCGACAUCGAAGCCUCCGCUGACUCCACCUUCGAUCUUCAACGGAAGCUCGUGCAAGCCGCCCUCGCCGUUGAUUCCUCCGGCGCCGUUCAGUCCUCUUUCUCUCUCGUGUCCCCUUCCUCCGCUGUGUUCCAGGUGAUAGUGGGUGGUGCAGUAUUUGUUGGAGGUGGUGGUGCUGUUGCAGCUGCACCUGCGGGUGGUGCUGCCCCAGCUGGCGAUGCUGCUCCGGCUGCUGAGAAAAAGGAAGAGAAGGUAGAGGAAGAGUCGGAUGAUGAUAUGGGAUUGGGACUUUUUGAUUAGAGUUUUUUCUGCUUUUUAUUGAGUUUUUAUGGCAAAGAGCUUUUAAUGUUUAAUCCUAUAGAUUGUAUUUGUGUAUUGGUUUGUGCCAGUUAAUGGUACACUGAACUUCGUCAGAUAGAGUUUUGUGUUGCGACCUAUAUGGAUCUUUCUGUAUCGGGUUUUACUAACGAAUUUCUUUUUUUCUAAAACAUGUCACCCUUUUAUUUUUCUA